AUGUGCAGCACCGCCGUCCCCGUCAACGUGCUUGGCUGCCACGUCCUUGACGUGUGCGUCUUCGAAGUGGAGGGCACGGUGGACUUAGACUUUGUGGUGUGCGAGCCCGCUGCCAAUGAGCGCGACCGCAUUGUUGACUACUCGUGGCUGCGCGCCGCGACGAAGCCGCGUUUCCGCAGCGGCGACGCGCUUGCGAAGCGCGUGCGGGCCCUCGUGCGCUGGAUUGAGCGCUGCUACGCGGAGAGGUGCACGCGCCAGCUGCCGGAUGUGCUGCGUGUGUACAGCAAGACGAUGGGCUUCGAGUACGACGCGUACCUCAGCACCAUCGUCGGCAGCGACGGGCGGCGCGUAGAGGGCGUUGUGCAGCCGUCCGGCGGCCGCGUAUACAUCACGCUGGCGAUACCGCUGCUGCUGCAGGAAGACGCGCGUGUGCGGCGCUGCCUGGCGACAACCAUCGAGAUGUACGCGAAGGCGGUGCGGCAUCGCAUCGACGCGGUGCCGGUCUUCUCGCGCGCGGAGCUAUCGCUGCUCAUCGCGUGCGCCGCCUCCGACCGCGACGCGCCGGUGGAGGUGCUGUCGGAGCGCAUCGCAAUGCACGUCGAGGUGGCCGACGCGCACCGCGAAGCGCUCUACACGCCGUUCGUGCACAGCUGCGUCACGUUCCGCGGGCUGCCGCAGUACUCGGCGACGCUGCAGCGUGGCGCCAGCUUCAUGGACUACGUCCCCGCGCUUGAGCGUGCGCUGCUGGUUUCGCUGCGCGAGCCACUGCACUUUCUAGAGAUGGUGAUUACCAUGUCCGCGUUCUUCGGCCAGCCGCUGGCCGUCAACAUCGCGACGAACGACCUGGACGGCAAUGGCGCCGGCGGCGGUGAGGACGCGCUCGUCCGCUCCGUCGCGUACUGCGUCGUGGACGCCGCCACACAGUUCAGCUUCGCCAUCUGCGUGCGCUACCUCAGCUGCCGCACGCUCCCCUCCAUCGGCAUCAUUGCAAACCAGUAUAUGGCCGGCAGGUCGCAGGAAUCGACGCUGCGGAUGAAGCUGCAGUACCCAGAGGCCGUGCAGCGGCUCGAGCAGAAUUGCGGCCCUGACGACAAGAUCGACAUUGUGGCUUUCUGCGGCGCAGUGGAGCGUGUCGCGUUCGAAGGCAUGUCAUUUCUUAUCUCCACGUGCCAGUGA